UAAAAGAGACAGGGAGAGGGGAGAACUGCUCACAUUGUCUCCAGAGCACAAAGUGUGUCACCUGGUUGCCAAGAGCUGGUCUAAGAAAUCCCUUCAUCAUGAACACCUACAGCUUUAGGCAAUCCUCUUCUACCAUUGGUGGUGGAGGUUUUGGUGGUUCUUCCUCCUUCAGAGCUCCAAGCAUCCAUGGGGGAUCUGGUGGCUAUGGCAUCUCUGUCUCUUCUAAUAGAUUAUCCUCUCCUGCAUUUGGAGGAGGGCUAAGUAGUGGCUAUGGUGGUGGAAGUCUUAGCUAUGGGAGUGGUGGCUGCUUUGGUGGAGCUGGUGGGGCUGGAGGGAACCUCAGUGUCAGUGAUGGCCUCCUUUCGGGAAAUGAAAAGAUGACUAUGCAGAAUUUGAAUGACCGCCUGGCAAACUACCUGGACAAAGUGCGUGCCCUUGAGGAGGCAAAUACUGAGCUAGAGGUUAAAAUUCGAGAGUGGUACCUGAAGCAGGGACCGACUGCGACCCGUGAUUACAGCCCAUAUUACAAGACCAUUGAAGACCUCCGGGAGAAGAUCCUGGAAGCAACAAUUGAAAAUAACAAAAUGAUCCUGCAGAUUGAUAAUGCCAGGUUGGCUGCUGAUGACUUUAAAACCAAGUUUGAGUCUGAGCAGGCCCUGCGCAUGAGUGUGGAAGCUGAUAUUAAUGGCUUACGCCGUGUGUUGGAUGAGCUGACCCUGGCUAGAACUGACCUGGAGAUGCAAAUUGAAAGCUUGAAAGAAGAACUGGCUUAUCUGAAGAAGAACCACGAGGAGGAAAUGAGUGGUUUCUCUGGCCAAGCGGGUGGCCAAGUGAGUGUGGAAAUUGAUUCUGCCCCAGGCAUUGACCUCACCAAGAUCCUGGCAGACAUGAGAGACCAAUAUGAGCUGCUGGCUGACAAGAACCGAAGGGAUGCGGAGGCAUGGUUUACGAGCAAGACUGAAGAACUGACCAAAGAGGUUGCCAUCAACACUGAACAGCUGCAGACCAGCAAGACGGAAAUUACUGACUUGAGACGGACUCUCCAAGGUUUGGAGAUAGAGCUGCAAUCGCAGUUAAGCAUGAAAUCUGCCCUGGAAGGCACCUUAGGAGACACAGAAGCUCGCUAUGGCAACCAACUGUGCCAAAUCCAAAGCAUGAUCAGCAACAUAGAAGCCCAACUGGUUGAUGUCCGCAGUGAUAUGGAGAGACAGAACAACGACUAUAGGAUGUUGAUGGACAUCAAAAGCCGUCUCGAGCAAGAGAUUGACACUUAUCGCAAGCUCUUGGAUGGCCAGGACUUCAACUUUUCAGAUAAACCAGCUACUGGUAAGAAGCCUUGAAGAACGCCCUCUACGUUAUGCAAAUAAUACACAGAUUUCAAUGGGUAGCUACCAUCAUCAAGAGAUGGAAAUUUAGUGUUUCACACAGCUGUAGUUCCUUAAGCACUUAUAACAUGGUGGCUGGAGAUCAUGUAACAAUUUGACUUAGUUGUUCCUGCUUUUGCUUUUCCUUGUGGGGUUUCUGUCUAAUAAAGUUCUUUUGGGUCUUGCAAA